AUGUCCAAUCCACUGCCAUCGCCAUCAGCGAACCAAACCUAUGUCACAGUCUCUCCUAUUGCUGGAGGAUUCAUCACGUUGGCAGAUAACUUCUUCGUCAAGCCUGCUGUCGAAGGAGCGAAGAGGACCGUCCCAUCACUAACAUUUCUGAUCACGCAUCCGGGAACAACGGCGUUCGGAUCUGACGGCAAGAAACCUUUCCGGAUGAUGUUCGAUCUGGGUCUCCGAAAGGCACAGAAUAGAUAUCCAGAAAUCCUGCAGAAGCACAUCGACAACCGGGCUCCGCAUCAACUCGAACCAGGAGUUGCUGCGCAGUUGAAAGCUGGAGGUCUGGAUCCUGGAGAGAUCGAUUUGGUAUUGCUCAGUCAUGUCCAUUACGACCACCACGGCGACCCGGAGGAUUUCCCCAAAGCCCAGUUUAGGAUCGGAGCUGGUGCUAUGGACGUGCUGAAGUAUGGCCUCGGUGGCAAAGCGAGCCAUCAACAUUUCGUACCCGAUACAUUGCCCGAUGAGCGGAGUCGUGAACUUCCAGAUCCCUCGACAUGGAAACCAUUGGGACCUUUUCCGGCGACCUUGGAUCUCUUCGAUGACGAGUCUGUGUACGUGGUAGACAUGCCGGGCCAUUUGCCGGGACAUGUGAAUCUACUCUGUCGGAUGAAAGAGGAAAAGUGGGUGUUGCUUUGCGGAGAUGCAUUUCAUGAUCGAAGGCUUUUGACGGGGGAGAAAGAGAUUGGAGAGUGGGAGAGUCCGCAUGGGUUGCUCUGUAUCCAUGUGGAUAAGGAGACUGCGGCGGAGAAUAUUAAGAGGCUGAGAGACUUUGAUGAGAUUACAGGGGAUGGGUGUGAGUUGGUUGCUGCGCAUGAGGAGGUCUGGUGGGAGAGGCAUAAGCAUUUGGCUUUCCCGGGGACUUUGUGA